GUGGCGCCGCGUCGGGGCACCGCCGACGAGGGGGAGGCGGAGCCUAGGGUUUACGAGGUCUGGAAAGGGAGCAACAUAUUUUGUUUUCAAGGAAGAUUGAUAUUUGGACCUGAUGUGAGGUCGUUGUUUCUCACUAUAUUCCUCAUUGCUGCUCCUGUCUCAGUAUUUUGUGUAUUUGUAGCCAGAAAACUAAUGGAUGAUUUUCAUCAUUGGGGAAUUUCCAUAAUGGUUGUUGCAAUUGUAUUCACCGUAUAUGAUUUAACUCUUCUUCUUCUCACAUCUGGAAGAGAUCCGGGGAUCAUACCUCGUAAUGCCCAUCCUCCAGAACCAGAGGUAGAAAGCUUUCAAGCAAACGGUAAUAUGGGUGCUGGUCAGACUCCACAACUACGGUUACCUCGAAUAAAGGAUGUUAUUGUAAAUGGAAUCACUGUAAAGGUUAAAUAUUGUGACACUUGCAUGUUGUACCGGCCUCCUCGCUGUUCUCACUGCUCAAUUUGCAAUAACUGUGUGGAGCGAUUUGACCACCAUUGUCCUUGGGUUGGACAAUGCAUUGGACUUCGGAACUACAGAUUCUUUUAUAUGUUUGUUUUCUCUACAACCCUUCUUUGCUUCUAUGUAUUUGGCUUCUGUUGGGUAUAUAUCAAGAGAAUUAUGGAUUCUGAGCACAGCAGUAUCUGGAGGGCAAUGAGCAAGACACCUGCUUCAAUUGUUCUGAUAGUUUACAGUUUCGUGUGUAUGUGGUUUGUUGGUGGCCUCUCUGUAUUCCAUUUGUAUCUCAUUGGCACUAACCAGACAACAUAUGAGAACUUCAGGUAUCGCUACGAUAGCCGUGACAACCCUUACAAUAGAGGCAUUUUGCAAAACUUCAUGGAGGUUUUUUUCACAAAGGUCCCUCCUUCCAAGAACAACUUCCGAGCAAGAGUGCCGCGAGAGCAAGGACAACAUGCACAUCCUCUUACAGGCUUUAUGGGUCCAAACAUAGUUAGAGAUCUCGAAGACGGAAAGAAGCCUGUCCUCUGGGAGGAAUCAGGAGCAGAAUCUGCUGGUGAUCUUGAAUCUGGACCGAACAAUAUUCGUUCAGAAAGCAAAGGUGCCAGUUUUGCUACCAGUAUAUCACCGGAUUUAGCUGGGGUGAUAUCAGACCCUAACCCUAGGCGAUCCAGCUGGGGCCGCCAAAGUGGUAACUGGGAUAUACCACCUGAUGUUCUGGCAUUAGCAGCUGGAAUUGGCGAAUCAAAUCGGACGAUAAGGAGCACCGCUGACAGUAUAAGUUCUGAAAACCAUUAGGGUCAGGGUUUUCAGUUGGUGGGCUGGUUGAGCAAGAGGGUAGUAGUUUGUUGUGUUAGCUGUGUGAAAGGUAUUCUCUUUUCCUGGUUUGUUGUUUUUUUUUGCAGGUCUUGACAUGUAUGGUGUGUUUGUGGUUUGAGAGGUUGUGAGGGCAUAUGUUACUUGUCUUGAAUGAUGUAUAUAGUUUGUAUUAUGAGAUCAUGGUCUAAGGAAAUAACACUAGUUUAUAAUCCAGUUGUUGAUUAAGAGUUGUGACAA